GCAAGCGUACAGCGAGGUUUCAAUUUUUUCUCUAAAGCCGGACUCGGGCCGCGGAUCGCAACAAGGUUGACGCACUGAGGCAAAAACGAACGAACGACCCCAACCAGGAGAAUGUCUGAACCCAUGUACCGCGAUUGGAUUUUGGACACUAUUGACUCACUGCGGUCGCGAAAAGCCAGACCAGACCUUGAAAGAAUUUGUCGAAUGGUCCGGAGACGACAUGGAUCAGCGCCAGAACAAACCAGCGAGGAACUCGAGAAACUGAUCCAAGAGCAAACAGUCUUGAAAGUUAACUACAAGGGCUCGAUUUCCUAUCGAAAUGCAGCCAAAGUAGUCAGAAGAAGCAGGAAAAAGGAUGAUCACACGACCAAAAGAACUGCCAUGGAAGAAGCUAACCACUCCGAUUUGAGCAACGGGGACAGCGCACUCGGUCCCAUUGACCAGGAUGAGACGGAGCAUUUGGAGAAUGAGGUGCCAGUGUCAAUGGAGACAGACAGCACCAUGGAAGAGGAGGAAGAACAGGAGGGGGCUGAUGAAGAUGGCCAUGAGGGCUCCUCUCCCUCUCCUGGGGGUGAGGAUGCUGUGCAGGGGGGGUCUAGUGCUGCCCACCCCUACUCUGCCCCCUGCUCCCCCAGCAGCUCUCGCCCUGGCCACAGCCCUGUGUCUGAACGCCCCUCUACCUGCAAGACCAGUAAGAGGUCCAGCCCUCUGUCCCCCUCUAGUCCCCUGGCCCUCAGGCAGAAUGACUGUGUGUGUGACUCUGCCUUCUGCCCUGCUGACCAUGGACCCUCAGGGAUGCAGAGAAACACAGGAACUGGGGCUUUAAAGACGAUAGUACAGCCAUCGGGGACCUGUCCAUGGGUUCAGAAGAGCUUGGUGAAGAGAGAGGAUGGGGUGAGGAUGGAGGAGAGUGGCCUCACUUCUGACCAACUGGUUCCUGACUGUGUGGAUGAGACCAUGAAGGGUUCUGACAGACAGCCCAAGACGUUGUCUUUUCCCUCUGACGACUGUGUUAAAUACAAGAAGGGGAUGGACGUUGCCUCUUACGUGAUGGCUCAAGACGAUGUCAAGAACGAUGUGAAAAACAGAGAAAUCUCUGUGAAGAAGGAGACGCUGAGGCAGAACUUAUUACUCUGGAGUGUGGCAGAAGUGGCCACCUACAUCUCUGCUGCAGGCUUUCCAGAGCAGGCUGUAGCUUUCAGAACACAGGAAAUUGAUGGAAAGUCCCUGCUCCUGAUGCAGCGCAGUGACGUGUUAACUGGCCUGUCCAUCAGACUUGGGCCCGCCCUAAAGAUCUACGAGCGCCAUGUGAAGGUGCUGCAGAGGACCCACUUCCUGGAUGAGGAGGAUGAUCUCUGACCACGGUUGGGGGGAACAGAACAACACACUCCUCUGAGGAGCAGAUGUAUUCAUACAGUAUACACACAUACUGUGUUCACUGGAUCUCUAGAACCUUCUGUAACCGUUCAAGGAGGUGUGGGGAAAAGGACACUGUGGUCGUGACUUGGGCCUUGACAGUGAUUAUCAACAUGUGUACGUGGGCUUCCAUUCCACCUCUCUGUGGUACUGCUGUCACCUGACCCAUUCUGGUGGUAUUGCUUUUAUAGGAUCCCUCUCUAAACUCAUAUAGGAAUGUUAGGAUCCUGCCUAAGGACGCUAUAGAAGUCAAGUGGAGGUCUGCCUGUUCUGUAAGGGAAGGUCUGCCUGUUCUGUAAGGGGAGGUCUGCCUGUGCUGUAAGGGGAGGGCUGCCUGUUCUGUAAGGGGAGGGCUGCCUGUUCUGUAAGGGGAGGGCUGCCUGUUCUGUAAGGGGAGGUCUGCCUGUUCUGUAAGGGGAGGGCUGCCUGUUCUGUAAGGGGAGGGCUGCCUGUUCUGUAAGGGGAGGGCUGCCUGUUCUGUAAGGGGAGGGCUGCCUGUUCUGUAAGGGGAGGGCUGCCUGUUCUGUAAGGGGAGGGCUGCCUGUUCUGUAAGGGGAGGGCUGCCUGUUCUGUAAGGGGAGGGCUGCCUGUUCUGUAAGGGGAGGGCUGCCUGUUCUGUAAGGGGAGGGCUGCCUGUUCUGUAAGGGGAGGGCUGACUGUUCUGUAAGGGGAGGGCUGCCUGUUCUGUAAGGGGAGGGCUGCCUGUUCUGUAAGGGGAGGGCUGACUGUUCUGUAAGGGGUGGGUCAGUGAGUGCAGCCAGUGAGAAAGACUUUCUCUGGAUUCCUCACACUCUACACUUGGCUACCACUGGAGCCUACUUUAAAAGACUGGUUUCUGUGCUCCCUGAGUCAGUUCCACAAGAAAAUAAUAAUAUGUAUACUUGGAAUAUCUGUUCCAGCAAAUAUGGUUCUUGCAUUUCUUCAUUGUUUACUCAGACAGUCUUUUUUUUUUAAGACGUCAUAUGAUACCCUCCAUUUAUCUAGAAACUCAACUUUGUUUUUCUUUUAUGAUGACAAUGUGAACUGAUUUAAUUUGAGAAUGUACAAUAUGAAUUUGUUGAUUCAUCAAGGUCAGUGAUGUUGUCAAUCUCUCAUUAUACUAGCAAAGGAAAUGGAGCUUAGUCUCCAGAUGUUCUCAUGGCUUCACCAGUACUGACCUAGGUUUUAUUACUGUUGUUAUCUGUUUCACUAACAUUUUGAAAUAGCAAUAUGUAGUACCUGCUAAACUAAGGCAACAUAAUAUGUCAUUUGUAUGGUUGUCCUCUGCAUUCCUCUUCCCUUCAUUUAUGUUCACGUCAUUUCUAAACAUUUUAGAUUAAUCUAAUUUAAUCUACUGUGGAUGAACCUAGAUUUCAUCUACAAAAUGAAAACCGUAUGAAGCAGAAUUCUAGUUGAAAUGGGCUGGCAGACCAGAUGUGACCAAUGUUUCUGCCUGCUUCAGCUUGAGGAGAGAGAAACAACUGAAAUCUGUUCUUCUUUUUUUAAAGGCAAAAUUAACCAACCCAAAAAUUAACUUCAUAACUUUAGGAAGUGUCAUUGUAGCACUAAUACGUUUUCUUUGUUUACAACCUCAACACAGCAACAUACAAUUCCCCAUGACAUGGUAGACAUCUUGAUCAGAUUCAACAUUGUUGUUAUCUGAGAGGAUUACAAUGAGGUCUCUUAAUUUUGCCUUGUGGCUUCUGCUUUUGAAACAACGGCACAUUCCAUAUUUCCAUCUGUUACGUGUUUGAUGUCACACUGUUAAUUGCUAUGUUGGCCCUGUUUCCAGUGGGGAAAAUAAAGUUAUUGUCUUUUCCA